ACGAACGGAGUAUAAACUCUUAUGUUAGAGGAAGUGAUCUAUCCACUUUAUUAGAACGUAGAUACUCAAAAAUUUUUCAUUCGAUUCCUUCCGACGUUCGGGAAUCGAAAUGGCAUGGGUUCGUAGAAGAGCAAUUAGUAGAUCAUGUGAUUGCUCACAUCCAAGAGGAUAUCAUUACUGCGGUAAUCGAAACUGUGACCGAGAAGCAGCUCUAUGAAAAGAAGUUAUUUGAAUUUACCAGCGAAUGUGUUCGAGAGGCUUGGCUGCGCGUGCUCAACGCGAGUAUCCACGCGCAACUUUUCGAAUUUCUGCCUAUUUUGCUUAGUUUCUAUUUAUCUUUUAGUGGGUGUCACCAAAAUUAGAUCCUUAUUGGAGAUGUGAUACGAGUGGAAGGGCGACGCAUCUGAUUAUUGAUGCUGAACCUCAACCACCGCCGAUAGAUCUUUGGAUGUUUGGAAAUGUAGAACAAACUUUUCUUGAGAAACCACCUCCUUUGCAAACGUUUGUUUCUACAUUAAAGUCGGCGAUUGCCGAUAAAUCGCCGCUCGCUGAUCAUAACGGAAAAAUAGUGGAACAGCAACAAGUGGAUCCAAAAGAUUCCGUGAGAGAAAAAAUAGAGCAAAAGAGUAGGAAGAAAAAAACACCGUCGACAGUAAUUUGCGAAUUAAGCACAUCAACUGAAAUGAAUAAUCAAAGAAAAAAAGGGAGUCACUACGUAGGAACAAAUGUUUGUGUCUCAUCGAUACCUGAAAAACAUAUCCCUGGAGAUAUACCGAUAAAGACUCAAGAUAAAUUCAGUCAUGUCGAAGAAGAAAAAAUUGAUCGUGUUUCGAAACCUAAAAAACAAAUUGUCGCUAGUCCAGAUGUUAAAAAAAAAGACGUAAUAAAUAUUCAUCGUCGACGAUCAACGACAGAUAUAAUAAGGAAAAAUGAAAUAAAAAUUUCAGCGCAGAAAGAAUCAAUAUUACAGUACCAGCCAUCAGCCGAUAGGGUUGAUAUUUCGUAUACAGUUUUGCCAGAACAAAUACGUAAUCAACGUCGCAGCUUGAAUAUUUUAAAUUUGAAACGAAAAAAGUAAUUUUAUAUAAAUAGUUCAUACAUAGAUUAGCUACUUGCUCAUAAACAGCCUAUUUGUAAAUUAAAGUUUUCGAAUUCUUGCAAUAAAUUUUGAAACCCA